CCUCCUCCUCCCUUUAUUUUUUAUUCUUUAAAAAAUGACCCAAACAAUAACUAAAGAAGAAGCACUUGACCCAGUUGAAGUAACUAAUAAAUAUGAUGCUACUCAAUUAAGGAAUGCUGUUGAUGAUGAGCUUUCUCGUUAUUAUUCAAAAGAACAACACUUUACUCAAUCUCAUGUGCAUACUGAUUUCAAGUUAAUUCUUGGAUUUAUAUCUUGCUUUAUUGCAGGAGGCGCAUUCUUGAAUGAGUAUAAAACAAGUUUUAAUGAGGCACUUCAUGUAACUACAAUGUGUGUUAUUGUUUAUUGGAUCCUUCAAUCAAUAUUGCUUGUAUAUACAUAUUUUGUUGAAAAAGGGGAAAUCUUUGUUGGUCAUCAAAAAGUAGAUGGAAAGGUUACAGGCACAUUGAAAAUAUCAUCAGAAUUUGAUAAAACCUCACCUUUGUAUAAGCUUACAAUGGUUUAUAGUGAUCGAGUAAAAGGAAAGACCGUUCAAUCUGUAGUUAAUCCAAACAUGACAACAUGGUUUAAUGAAAAGGGAGUUUUGAUUAGAGAAGUUAUGGAUAAAGAUUUAAAUAAUUAUUUAUUAUCACUUAAACAAAACUACAUGAAAAAUAAUAUAAAGACAGUUUUAUAGUUCCUUGAAAAGGAAUGAAUGCUUCUCUGAUUGCUUGUUAUAAGACUUGUAGCAUCACGUGUUGCAAUAAAAGGACAUUAGUGUAAUAAACAUAAUGGAUUUAUUCCAUAAAUAUUAUUUAUAUUUCUAUACUAGCAAUGUAUAAUCUUAUUUUCACUUUAUAAUUGUAAUAAUUUAAAUAAGCAUUUUUUUUAAUGUAUAAUUAUAUCGCAUAGUAACCAAUUCUUCAGCAGAUGUUGGAUGAAUAGCAACACAAUUAUCAAAAUCAGCCUUAGUUGCACCCAUACGAAUAGCUACACCAAAACCUUGAAGGAUUUCAUCACUUCCUCUACCAAUGAUGUGAAGACCCACUACC